AUGAGACUCUACCAUCAGAUGCCCCUACGGGCACUCCUAUUGUUUUCUCUCAUUUCAAGCCAACUGUGCAAGAUCUGUGAGAUAGGCAAAGAGCAGUACUUCCAUAUAAACCCUCUGGUGAGCACAAUAAUCAAUUCCAAAUAUACCGAAGGAGUGCAAGCUGCUAAUAUUCUGUUGUCCCUCAGACUUGUUGGGAUUCAUAAUCAAAGCCUCGAUCAGCGACUGAUCCAACAACUCCAAGACAGCGUGGCAAGAAAAGGAUCAGAUUUAACCUCAGGACAGCUUGCCUUAAUUACUUUGGCUUUGGGAGCAUGUCAAAACCCCAAUGCUUCAUUUAGAUAUGAUCCUCACCUUGUUAUUCAACUGGAAAAGAAAUUCCAAGCAGAAAUAGAAAAUAUGGAAGCACACGAAGGCAAUCCACUGACUAACUACUACCAGUUCAGCACGGCUGUUUUGGCCUUAUGCCUUUUCAACGGAACGUACUCAGUCACCAAAGUUGUCCAACUCCUGAUGCCUGAAAAUAAAAACUAUUAUUUUGGUGGCCAGUUCUCAGUUGACACUGGUGCAAUCGCUGUCCUGGCACUGAACUGUAUGAAGAAGAGUGUGGUAAAUAAACAGAUACAAACAGACUUAACGGGUAUCAAUAACUAUAUACAGCUACUGGUCAAAAAGAUUUUGGCUGAGAAAAAGGACAAUGGUCUCAUUGGAAACACAUUUAGCACCGGAGAAGCUAUGCAGGCUCUUUUUGUCUCAUCGAAUGAUUACAAUGAACAUGGGACAGUUUGGAAUUGCCAACAGACUCUGGACACGGUACUCAAAAAAGUCUCUCAAGGAGCAUUCUCUUUGCCCAUUGCUGCAGCCCAGGUCUUGCCGGCCCUACUGGGAAAGACUUACUUGGAUGUUAACAAAGAUUCGUCUUGUGUCUAUGAUUCAGGUAGAUUCAACGUCUCCACUCAUGAGCCUCUAUCCAAAACGCCUACUGAUGAAAUCUCAAAUAUCUCCGUCCAUUACUCUGUGAAAAUCAAUGAAACAUAUUCCACUACUGUCACUGUGAAAAAUGGUUCUGUCUUUCUAAAUGUCAUGGAGGAAGCUCAGAAAAAAAAUGAGACCCUAUUUGGUUUUACAGUGACGGAGAGCUCGUGGGGACCCUACGUCACGUCUGUUCAGGGUCUAAGAGCCACCAAUGAAGAUAGAAGCUACUGGCAACUUCUAAGUGAAGAUAAACCAUUAAGUCAAGGCAUUGGCAGUUACCUUGUUCAUGAUGGAGAAAAUUUGGAGAUUCGGUGGAGCAAAUAUUGAAAAACUCAAACCUUCUUCAGCUGGAUCUAACCCUUUUUUU